AUGUUGGCUGGAAUCAUUUUCCAGCUGGUCGCGAUCUCAUUUUAUAUACUUCUCGGCACCGAGUUCAUACUCCGCUAUGUUCAUGAUCGCCCCAUCCACGCCUGGUCUACACCAACUCUAUACGGCCUGGAUAAAAAUAUGAAGCAGAUGCUUUUUGCUCUCGCCUUCAGUAGCUUAUGCAUAUAUACUCGCUCGUGGUAUCGUACAAUCGAGCUUGCAGAUGGAUGGAACGGAACAAUUAUCCACACUCAACGCUAUUUUGUCAUCAUGGACGCGAUGAUGAUCGUGUUUGCCAUGCUGAUCAUGAACGUAUUUCACCCAGGCCGUCUCUUAGGCCCUGCGCCCACGUGGACCAGCAAUAUCCCAACGGACUCUAUGGGCCAAGUAAAUGGAGACAAGGCCUCUGCAGAGGUCUGGCCACUCGCAGAGUCCGCAGUAUCUGUAUAG